AGCUGUGACCGUUGCUGGUCGCUACUCUGUAUCUGUGACAAAGAGAAUCUUCUGAGUUACAAUGUUUUUAGGUUAGGUUAUUUUUAGAUUAUCUGUUUUGUUAUCAUUUCACAUGUUGUGUGGUUGUAAUUUGUUAGAAAUUUGCUAUUUUGUUUUAUAAAAUGUUUGUAUGUUGUAACAACUUCCAUGUAUUUUUAUUUGCAAGCGCUACUAAUCUAUAAUUCAGCAGGAACUCUUAUAUUUCUAUAUUUAUUCAAAAAUUGAAUCUUUUAAAAAUAAUCGUAAAAAAUUCAGAUACAGAACUGUCAAAGUUGAAGAUUUGUAAAUUUUAAGAAUUUACGCAGCAGUUGUUCAGUUUAUAAUCUAGGAUGCAAACCAAAAUUUUGCUGCUAAAUACCUGGAAGAAUUACUAUACUUUUCUCAAUAAGUCUACGAUACUCUGCAGAAAAAUGACAAGCUUUGGUAACCUUGAGCAGAAAAUCUGCGUUGAUGGGGUCCAUAUUAAUUAUUUGAAGGUUGGAGAUAAUAAGACUGCACACCCUGUUCUUUGUCUCCCAGGAGCUUUGGGGUCUAUAUGGACGGAUUUCAAACCGCAAGUAGAAGGCUUGGACCGGAAAAAGUUGACAGUGAUAGCGUGGGAUCCACCUGGAUAUGGAAAGAGCAUUCCGCCCGAGCGAAAGUUUCCUCUAGACUUUUUCCACCGUGAUGCUGAGAGUGCAGCCAAGUUGAUGCAAACAUUGAAUAUUGAGAAAUAUUCUCUACUUGGUUGGAGCGAUGGUGGCAUCACAGCCAUGAUCCUAGCAGCCAAGUACCCACAAGCAGUUCACAAAUUGGUCGUCUGGGGCGGAAAUGCUUACGUCACGGAUAAAGAUUUGAAAAUUUAUCAAGGCAUCCGUGAUAUCUCCCGUUGGUCUGAGGCGAUGAGAGCACCAUUAAUCAAUCUGUAUGGGGAAGCUUACUUUAAAGAGACGUGGGAAUCGUGGGUUGAUUCUUUUCAACACAUAUUGGAUAAUGGUGGUGACCUGUGCAAAACACUUUUGCCAAACAUUCAGUGUCCCACAUUUGUAUUGCAUGGCGCUAAAGAUCCCAUCGUGCCAGACGAGCAUCCCAAGUACUUGAAGGAGAAUAUAAAAGACUGCAGGCUACAUGUAUUCGAAAACGGCAAACAUAAUAUCCACAUCAAGUACGCAGCUGAAUUUAACAAGUUGGUUGAAGACUUUUUGAUACAACUUAAUGGUGAGCAUCUAUCAUUGACAAUAAUGCUUUUGUUCAAUGUCUCUUGUUCAAUUUCCAUUCUGUAUAAGUGAAAUAAUGUACAAUCUACGUAAUUUUUAUUAAAUAUGUUUAUUCUAUUCAUCUAAA